CUCUGCUUUGUUGCAAGAGGAACUGAUUAUUCCUGUGGUUGAGUCGCACGUAUUAUUCGUGAACUAUCCAUUUGUUUUGUGUAAUAUGAUUAAUGAAUCCAACCAAAAUGGGAAGGGUCUAGAGCAGCAGGUAAAUUUCAGCCAAUUUGGCCUUUUCUACCGGGCAGUUUUUUUUAUUAUUUCGGCAUAAAACAAACUGCAGGAUUCCAAGUUAGGGUUAGCUCUCGUUAGCACGGUGUUUCUGUCAAGAAGAUGGCGCAUUGGGAUAAAAGUUUACCGUUGUGGAAUCCUUCCGUGCCUCUGGAUUUUGCAUCGUGUUGGGUCCUCUGCAACAAUUUUGCUGGUCUAGACUUGAACUCCGGUUCUCAAGGAAACAAGACCGGUGCAAGUCGCUACGUGCCCCCGCACCUGCGUAACAACCGGUCUGUGUUGCCCGGUCCUCCUCAGGGGAACGCCCAGACUUAUAACCAGAAGUCAUCGUACCCUGAGCAGCAGGGAGGUGACGACUGGGGAGCAAGGGACGGCUUCAGAGGUGACCGUGGAGGUGGCCGUGGAGGUGCCGAUUUCUCAAAUUUUGGUGGCCGCAACAAGAGGAACGAUGGCCCCGUUCGCAACAAUGCUUUCCCACCACGCCAGGGUGGAGGCUCGAACUGGCGCAGCCCGGAUGAAGUGGCCAAUGAGACAGCCCCUCGCGAAGGCUCGCGCGAUGGUGGCGGUGGCGGCGGCGGCGGCGGCUGGGGUCGGGACGACCGUGGCGGCAACUGGGACCGCCGCAAUGGGGGGCGGCGCAACGUCGACACUGACGAGGACUGGACCAGACCGCUUCCUAGGGACGAACGGAUAGAGAGAGAGCUGUUCUCACAAGGACACACAGGCAUAAACUUUGAGAAGUAUGAGGACAUUCCUGUGGAGGCAACUGGUGAUGAUGCACCGAAGCACAUCGGCUCGUUCGACGACUGCUCCCUGACGGAGAUCAUUCGCAUGAACAUCGAGCUGGCGCACUACACCUCGCCCACGCCCGUGCAGAAGCACGCCAUCCCCAUCAUCCUCUCCAAGCGGGACCUGAUGGCCUGCGCCCAGACAGGGUCUGGAAAAACAGCGGCUUUCCUGGUGCCCAUUUUGAACCAGGUGUUUGAGGAGGGACCUCCCAAGAACGUGCCUGCGCCCCACCGGUACUCGAGUCGGCCCAAGCAGUACCCGCUGGCGCUGAUCCUGAGCCCGACGCGUGAGCUGGCUUGCCAGAUCUACGAGGAGGCCUGCAAGUUUGCGUAUCGCUCGCGUGUGCGGCCUUGCGUUGUGUACGGGGGUGCCGAUCCCGUGCAGCAAAUGAAGGACCUGGACCGAGGGUGCCACCUGCUGGUGGCCACGCCAGGGCGUCUGGUUGACAUGAUGGAGCGCGGCAAGGUGAGCCUGGAGCUAGUGCGGUACCUGGUUCUGGACGAGGCAGACCGCAUGCUGGACAUGGGUUUUGAGCCCCAGAUCCGGCGCAUUGUGCUCGAAGACAACAUGCCCCCUGUUGGCCAGCGGCAAACACUCAUGUUUUCUGCCACCUUCCCCAAGAAAGUGCAGGAACUGGCACGCAAGUUCUUGGACAACUACAUCUUCCUGGCCGUGGGGCGUGUGGGCAGCACGUCGGAGAACAUCACCCAGAAGGUGGUGUGGGUUGAAGAGCACGACAAGCGGUCCUUCCUGCUGGACCUGCUGAAUGCAGCGGGCCUCAGAAAUGGAGGCCAUGCGACUGCAUCGGACUCGCUGACACUGAGCUUUGUGGAGACAAAGAAAGGUGCGGAUUCGCUGGAGCACUUCCUGCUCAAGGAGGGUUACCCGGUGACCAGCAUCCACGGGGACCGUACCCAGCGGGAGCGUGAGGAGGCCCUCUGGUCCUUCCGUACAGGGCGCACCCCGAUCCUGGUGGCCACGGCUGUUGCGGCAAGAGGUUUGGACAUUCCAAAUGUGAAGCAUGUAAUCAACUUCGACUUGCCCAGUGACAUCGAGGAGUAUGUCCACCGAAUUGGCCGUACAGGCCGUGUGGGCAACCUGGGUUUGGCCACGUCUUUCUUCAAUGAGAAGAACCGCAACAUGGCCCUGGACCUUGUGGAACUGAUAACAGAAACCAAGCAGGAACUGCCGGACUGGCUAGCCUGCCUGGCCAAGGAAGUGCAGGCAGAGCAACGUUCCUCCAACCAGCGCCGCUUUGGUGGCUCUGGGGGACGCAGUUCCCGGUAUUCCUCCGGUGGUUUUGGCAGCCGUGACUACCGUCAGUACGGCGGCAGCACAGGUCGCGAUCGUCCCAUGGGUGGACCUCCCAUGGGAGGAGGUAUGGGCGGCCGCAGCGGUGGGCCCGGCGGUUACGGCGGCGCACCCCAGUACGGCAGCUCGAGCAGCCAGUUUGUGGGCGGCUACCGGCCCAACAGUUACGGGGGCAACUACAGCAGCGCCUCCAAUGACUGGUGGGGCAACUGAGGGGCGGCGCACUGCGAGGCCUCUCCCUCCACCAGCCAACACGCCUCCCCACGCCAGUUUCUCCUCCUCUUCUUCCACCCGUCAGUGCUGUCAGCGCAUCUCCCUCCCCUCUCAACCACGACUGCUGUGCACGGCCUAGGCCGUUCUUCUUGAGCCAGUGGUGGGCGGCACAUGAGAGAGAAAAAAAGAAGGCCCGCAACUUCGAGGCUAGAGCCAGAGUGUUUUUUAUCGGUGCUGCACGACAGGGGCAACAAAUGGAACUUUGGUAUGGGAGAAAGGAAGGCUUGGGCCUUUUAUUUGUCUCUCGAUGAUGCACGUAUGUUGCAACGAGGCCUCAUUGCCCCUGACAUGCUGCCAUCUCCCGCCCACCCUGUUUGUUGCCAUCUCACUCAGCAGCUGUGAUCCGUGUGUACUGCAGUGGCCAUUGCCUCGGCCCUUGCUCUGUAGGCUUCGAGAAGCGACUACCCCUUUGUCGUGCUGAGGAAAGGGGGACCCCCCGAACAUGUUUUUUCUGCGCUGACUCCUCUCUCUCAUUCUUUUUUUUAAAUUUUUUUUAUUGCUGCGUUGCACCACCCGCUGCCGUCUAGGCAUACACGUAUAUAGUCUUUUUAUGUGUGCGUACUUGUAAGAUAGCCCAUCCCCUUUCCUGUUCAAAGCGGUGCGUGGACAGAUUUGCUAAGGCACGUCACUCCACUUUUUACUUUCCCAAACCUCUCUGUUCUUGCUCAUUAUCAGUUUUUCUUUUUCUUCCUACUCCCAUUUUCUGUCCUUGUUUAAGUCUGCAUUCAUCACUUUUACUUUUAUUUGCCUCAAAGUGUGUAAAGUUUUUUUUUUUCUCCUCUUUUAGUAUAGGUGCUAGCUAUUGCAGCCUUGUUUUAUGGGAAAAAGUCGCAGUACCUAUUUUUGCAAAUGAGACAUCUGUCAUCCUGUGCAGUCAGCAGCAAAUUGCCAUGCCUAGGCAUUUUUGAAGUGCUGCUUUUGAAACAUUUAGCACUGUUCUGGGGCACGAGGAUGCUUUGUGGGAGCCUCUCCUGCCUGGGAAAGGGGUACUGCAGAUUUUUUGGGCAGCAGUAGCAGCCAGUUUUUGCAGACCAAUAUUAUAUAACACGGCUGGCCACAAGAGAAGCUUGUUUCUAAUUUUCUUUUUCUUUGUACCUGGAACACACAUUGAAAAGGCAACUUUUUACACCAGGAAAGAACCUGAACAUGCUCAUUGGCAUGUUACCAAUAAAGGCAUUUUUCUCAAAUAGUCUGCCCACGUUCAGCAUAGCCUUGCAACUGUGGAUCUCAUGGUCACAGUAAUGCACUCUGUAAGACCCAUUGCGCCCUUCGCUAUUUCUUUGGGGGCCCUGUAAAAACUGGGCUCAAUAUUACUGCAUAUGGUUACUUGCACGUUGUCGGUAUUAACGUGCUUCUUACACACUAUUCCAUAGUUUGUUCGGUUCCCUAGGCCGCAUUAUGAGUAUGCGAAUUCCGAUGUUGUGGGCUUGUCUUCCAUCUGAAAUGCAAGGUUACGCUUCUCUUUAUUUAUUCUGUAUGUGUGUUCUGGGUGUGCAUGCCUAUUGCAUUUGUUAGUAAUGUUCUGAGCUUCUGUGUUUUCCACUUGCAAGUCUUAUGUGAGACUCUUCUUGGAAGGCAUUGAAUUCAUUUUUUGUGCUCUAGGGUCAUACGUCAGUAGCACGUCUUCACCACGUAAUCCUGACCUACUGCAUAGACUCGAGUUCCUGCUGCCGAUUUGGCCUCAAUGGUAUGCACAUAUAUUUAAAAAGUGAGUGAAGUGUUGAACUUCCGCCUACACCUUUUGAGAUUCACAUUGGCAUGCAUUGCUCCGUAGCUAUGCUCCAUAGCUACAAGUACGUACAUCACUUUGCUGCAUGAUUGAAGUUCUAAGGAAUCAAGAAUACUACACGCGUAGCUUUAUCAAGUACACAUCGCCAUUAAAUCUCCCCGUGUACAUCAGCUUACGCAACGAUGGAAAGUCCUUGAGUCUCCAUCCUUGCCUUGUUGAUUGUGCACUUUUUGCACAUUUUGUUAUUUGCGAUGUUCCAAAAGCAAGGUGUUGCAGCUUUCAGCUGCUGCUGUGUGGUUCCAUUUUUUAAAAUUUUCAAUCAAGUUGCGAGGCUCCUGUGUCUACUGUAGGAGUUAAGCGAUUAACUGACUUGAGGUAACCACGUUUGUGCUUCGAGCAGAACAUAGUGAUGCAAGCAUUGAAUAUUUACUCAAACAAUGCAGGAAUGGAUGGAAUGCUAUCAUAAACCAGUUACCCAGUGUGCCAGGAGUGUACACUGUGCGACCAAGAGGCACCUCUCAAUGUGCCAGAAAUGCUUUAUUAAUAAUCUUGCGCUCUACGCGGUCACUUGUAAGCCACACAUAGUCAUGUCUUGUGCUUCGAAAGCUGUUAUCUUUUUUGGAUGCUGGUGCAUAUGCUCCUGUUAAUUUUUUUUUUCUUGGUGCAGCGCAGUUACCCUCCUUUAGGGACACUUAACUUUCACCUGCUUCUUCAACAUUUGCCAGAGGCUGUGAGAGAGCUUGUUACAAGAGGACUGUUUCAACAGUCGGAGAAAUGAAACUGGCUCUCCUUGUGCCUCUAGUGUUGCGAGCACACUUCGGAAAAACUAGAAAAAAAACCUGGUACCUGCAUUAUGCUAGUGGACAAACGUGCACGAGGUUCCAGUGUGAUAGAUGUUCCUUGCAUUCUUUUUCUUAGACUUUUAUGUAGCAUUUUAUAGGUGUCUUGUUUCCAGUGCUGCUCUGUGGCUGUGCACCUUUUUUGUGUGUGUUUAGUGUGCUCUAACAGUGUUGUGGGCCUCUCGUAAUCGAGACUUGCGCUGUGAGCGAGGCAGGUGCCCACAUAGUACAGUCAGCACACUCCAGAGGGACACAACACCUACAAGCUUGUGUGUUUGGGGUGCCAAGACUUGUGGUGCAAGUGUGCGGCACAUCCGUCAGGCACGCCUUGCCUGCCAGAAAGUGCGCUGUAUCCAAGGCGACCGACCUACCGUAAGUCGGAAUGAUGGAGGGAGGAAGAAGGUCCCAGUUAGGUUGCAGUGAGGGUCUCUGAGCUUGGCAUUUCUGGGGGACCUUAUUCCCACUCCUAUGUUGAAGGGUGGAGAGAGUCGGCGGAGAUUUAUCUCGUAGAUUUGCUGUUUUUCUUCUUUCGUUUUUUUGCUAGGUGUACAGUAAAGCUAGGAAUUUUUUAAAUUGGCAAAAUGAACAAAGCUUGUAUGUACGUCUGAGUGGUGCAGACUUCAAGGUAGCUGCAUUUUGGCAUUCGAAGGGUUGAAGGGAUGAUUUGUUCAAACUGCAAGGUUAGAAAUGGGGUGCUGACUGUAGUUGACUUACAACUUUUGUUUCCCUUUUUGCCAAGAGCUCUGCCGCACGUGGUCGAGGGGCUCAGGUGGUAAACUUGUUGAAAAGCAAGUAUAGCUUUAAUUUUGUUUUUCAACCUUUGAUGUGUCUAAAUUAUGACUUAAUUCCACAAGGCAUAGUGACUGAGUGAAAGUGUUUUUUGAGAGAAAAGGUUUAGGGGCUGGGUUGGGGGAGGAAAAAAAAAACUCGUUCUGUCCGUCGAUGCGACAUGACGCAUCAGAGCAGAGACCUUCCGUGGCCAAAGAAAAAAAAAAACGAUCCACGCGCACACUAAGGCGGCGUCUUUCUUUUAAUUUUUUUAUGGCCAGGACAAGCAGGUUUCUCCUUCUGCAAAGAGGAGGGGGGCUAGGGACCAUGACAGUGGGGAAGUAUUCCCGGGGCUGCGCUUAUGUACACACACACGUACCCCUCUCUUCCUUUGGGUUUUUUAUUCCUUUCCGGACUAGUGCUGUCUCGUGGCGGAUGACUGGAAAGUGGGUGGGGGCUGGAAGAAUGUGGGCUAGCUCUGCAACAGUUGCCCCUCUUCCACGGAAGCUUGUCGAGAGCCAGGAAGCGGUCUGUUGGCUUUGCUAGCUUGGACUAUCAACUUGUCACUGCAGCAACUACAGCUCUUAGCGUCUCAUCUGGCAGUGCUGCCAUGACCGAAGCAUUUGUUGCUCUGCAGUCAGCACAGUGGAGUGUCUGACUGGUUACGUGGGAGUUCCGACUCCCACGUAACCCGAGCUCUGGAUAGUCUUCAGGGGGAUGUGUGGGGGAGCUGUUCGUUUAUGGAGGAGUGCUGUUGGUUGGGGUGUUUUGAGGGGGGGAGCCACAUGCUGCACGCUUGUUUGACUUGACUCUGCAUUCAAGGCAAAUGGGUUCCUAGGGAUCACUGCUGUUGUUUGCAACCUCAUUUAGCAAGAAAAUUCCCAUCCUCCUCUUUGUAAUAUAUGUAUGUACGUCACUGCGCCUUCAUUCGUGCAGGUGGUCACGUGUCGCCUUCGUGCGGUUGUAUGUAUGUAUAUAUUAUAUAUAUAUGUAUGGCCCAAACAGCCUGCAGGUAAUUUUUUCAUUGCAUUCUCACUGGGUGGUUCCAAUAUUUUUUUCUCCCUUGUCUGCCAUCAAGUCUGUGAUCACGCGAUGAGGAAGCUUCGUUUGCUGCCAUGUGCAGGGAGGAAUGGGAGAUUGCGUUCUAGAUUAAGUGGAAUGCCACGUCAAACCCACAUUAGUAUGGCUUUUGCUGGUUGGGUCCAGUGACGAACUGAUGCAACUCUCUCGGAGAGUGGUGUUCCAAGCCGUGAUGAGCAGAGUGUUUUCGAUCUAGUCUUCGCCCUUCCUGUUUGGCAAGGGGCUGUGGCCUUGCUUUGUGGAAAGCUGUGCCUUUUGGGUCAAGGCGUCUUCUGAAAAUUGCAUCUUUGUCAAUUUCCUUAGCCCCUUUGCGUCGGUGAUCUUUAGCAGCUACUUCAGUAGUCACGGGACUCGCCCGUAUUUAUUACCUGAUAUUUGAAGCAUUCUUUUUUCUUUCUUUCAUUCGGCGCUGUGCAGGCCACAAUUUGCACUGCAGAAUUUAUUUUCCUUUAGUUGUGUGAGGGGCUGUAGUAGUGAGACGCGCGCGAAUGGUUGUGUUGAGAAGGAGGCAAGAGCGCACUUCCAUCGACCAUCGCUGGUGCAUUAUGGUCAUUUUCGCUCUUCGAUGCCAAGAAUGUGCCUUAUCUAUUGCUUGAGAGUUGGUGUGCUACUGGAAGGACUUUGGAACCUUGCGGUCUUUCGAUGGCAAAGGCGCCUACUCCCCACCUUUUGUUUUACCAUCAUUUGUGUUCCUCGUAACUCUGGGCGCACCUGUACAUUCAGUCCAUCAGUGGGAGAGGGGAAAGAGGUCUCAUUGACAGCGACUCUGUCACAACGCCCACAUCACAUAAUUUAUACACAAGUUGAAGGUUCAUUCAAUCUAUGGCGGAUGUUUUCACCGGAGUAACAACUUGUGCCUGCAUAUUUGCCUGCUGGUACACCUGUGGGACGUUGUACAUAACACAAACUGGAAAUGAGUGUGCGAGACAGCCUUGUCUUGUGCGACAGUGAGCAGGAGGUGCGUAUGUGAUGUGGCUCCCAAUGUUUCAUUCCUCUCUACGAUAUGAUGCCACCAGCUAAUCACUGGGCAUCAUUUUGAGAAAAGCAUACUUGGCACUUUGCUUGGAAUGCACAAUGGAAAGUACAAUACCAGGUGGAAUUACCUUUCGUAAGGCAGUGUUUUUAUUCGGGAUGUCUGGUACGGUGGGUUGGGGCAGUCAAGACACUGGGGUUGGGUAGGCAGUUCGCGCAAGUUCACGUUACUGCUUUUAAAGAUUGUUUCCGGUACGAGGUCGCAAAAAACACUGCCAGAAUUUGUGGGUUUAAGUACCAAUACAUUUUAGCCUAGGCUAAAAAGUUGCUUCCUCUGGUGGUUUUCCGUUCCAGAUUCCUUCUUUGCGGUUGUUUCUUUGUUCUUUACUUGCGGAACUUAAACAUGCGUCAGCCUUGGGAGGUUCCAUUGCCAAACUCCCUCUCGGUCCUGGCGUUAAGUGAGGGGAAGACGCCGACAAACUCAAAUUUCUUUAAGCCGGAGGUCUCUGCGUUUCGGCGGUGACAGCACGGGAAAAAUACUGUUCACCUGAGAACAAAUGACCGAAGCACAUAGCACUUUUUACUCGCGGCAAAAAGUAAUAGAUGUAGCGUUUUCCUUCGUGUGGAAGGCGCGCUAUUCCCAACUUCUUCGCGCUUGUGCGAAAAAAAACGGUUUCGAAGGACAAACGGCGCGCUUGUUUCCUUAAACGAGAGAACAAUUGGACAUCCCGCCGAUCGUGGCUCGACAAAAUGUAGUCUGGUCAAACGAAAUAAAACGAUGAAGGCAUGCCGGGCGGGCCUGGCGAUUUCGCGAAGUACACACAAGUUUAAAAACAGGCUGACUCCUGUACUCCAGAUUCUUUUGUAGUCUUGUCUUUUUGCCUUUUGGGUAUAGCAAAAGCAUGUUUUUGAUUUGUAACCGUACGUGGGGAGGAUUGUUUGGCCCUGAGUUUCUGGGCGUUUUUAUUGUCAAUGCAUUAAUGUGACUUGUUCCAAAACCGAGAAAUAAAAAAAAAAAUUGGUAGUCACACACGCGCA